AUGAACUAUUUUUAUCCUUUAACAGGUUGUGUUUCAGGUUUCAAAUAUCAGGGUCGUUGUGUUGAAUUUUUCAAGGAGCGUGUAAGUUGGGCUCAAGCUAGAAAACUUUGUCAAACUUUACACGGAGAUCUCGUCGUAAUUCAAGAUGAUAAAAAACAAAAGUUCAUUUACGACAACUUUGCCGCUGGAAAGACCCUUUGGAUUGGCCUGAGAAGAAAACAUGUGGGGUAAGCAAUUUUUAAACGAUAAUGUUUAUAUUAGAUUUAUUAUUCAAUACUUUGUUAUAAACAAUCACAAAAAGGAAAGACAAAUGAAAGAACCAUGAAGAACUCAGAAUAGGUACAAAUAAGAGAAGAUUUAUCCUCUCUUGCUGACACCGAAUGAUGGCACGUUGACCCACUACCCCACUAUCCUCAAACACGAAACGCCUUCAUUAAAUUCAAUACCUCGUUAUUGUACCAACAACACAAGACAAAGCCUGUAAGAUUAAACUUCUGUUCUGCCUUUUAUUUCACAAGAAGGCAUCUGAUCUAGGGCAGGUUUUACGCCGAAAUUCACCCUUUUUUCUCUUUGUUCUCUUUGUUGGGACCAAACAUCAAGUGGGAAAUUUAAAUGGGUAGAUGAAACUGAACUUGGAUUUGAAAACUGGAUCACUGGAUCACCAGAUACUGCAAAAGAGGAGUGCGCUGAAAUGACAGAUUAUGGAAGUUUUAAAGGGAAAUGGAACGACAACCACUGCUCCCAUAAACAGGCCUUUAUUUGCGAGCAAGGUUGGGUAUACAUUUUUAUGUGCGUUAAUAUAUCAUAAAUCUCUGUUAACACCUUUUCUGCUGUCUACGACGGCUCUCACAGACAAAAAACUUUCAACCGUUAUCAACCUUGAAAGCGAGAGUUUAGUCAAAUUAUUUAAAAAUGUAUUUUCUUGUCAGUGAGGUGAUUUUGAUUCUGAUUUCUAUUUUUAGUAAUAGUUGUUACCAUGAAAAUCGCUGUUAACUUUAAAUUUGUUUUUUUACUAGCUCCAUCAUCAUAGCCCUGUUUAGUGAAAUACUAAAGUGAUUUUAUUUUCCUACUUUGCAGUGACCCACCUUGAAAACGUUUUUAAAGUGGUUCCAGGCAAAGCAAUUCUUGGCCUUGUUAUGGAACGCUUACAAGUAACGACAGAGAUAGAGUGUGCUUUGCUUUGUCAAAGAUUUCCAGGAUGUGAUUCAAUAAACUUCUUUCAUAGAACUAAGGGUUCAAAAACGAAAAGUCUCUGUCAAUUGAAUCAAAAGGCA